CUGGAAAGCUAGCAGAGAGUGUGUGAGUGUGUUUGGACGUCAGGUUCCUUGGAUCAAAGGAUCUGAAGAGUUUCAACAGAUAUCAGCCUGCUACAUUCAUUUGACUGGGCCUUCUGAAACUGGAGAAGCUGGAAUAAACUUACUAAACUUAUAUCCUCAAACUUAAGUACUACUUUGAUUGGGAGAGACUCAAGUUGAUUAAGACACUCUAAAGGAGAGAUGGAUGCCGUGGUGAAGAAAUCCCUGGGUGCCCCCUUCCGACAGCUCACCAGCUGCGUGAUGGGGGAUAAGGACGGAUUUAGCCGGAAAGGCAAAACCGUCCGCCGGAAGAGCGCCCCCUGCUGCUACAGCCAGGCAGCACACGACUCGUCUUGGUUAAGGACUUACCAAGCAGAGCUGCACAGGGAGAGGAAACUGAGGCAGGUGAAAUUUGCGCAAAAGAACGCAGAAAGAACCGCAACGAGGGCGCAUUACAGGAGCCCGCACCGCUUCACGAAGGCACCCGUGCAGAGGGCGAACAUAAAAAGCAAAACCCCAAACAAAAGCGACAGCUCUCUUUUCGGUGCCUUCCAAGGACUCAGUCUCAGUAUGAACGGCGCGCAGGCCUCCAUAACGACGCCGCCAAGCGCGGAUCCGUGCAAAGUCAUGUGACCGAGAGAACCUUUACGAAUGACUCUGAGGACGGGACACCCGACUGCUACCAAGUGUUUCUGGUCUCCAAGAGCAGCUUCCGGUCCUCCGGAACAAUCGGUUCAACAUCCGAGACGAGUUAUGAGCUGAUGCUGCACUCCAAGAAUAUAAUCUGAUUAUGGCGCGCUGUGAUAAAAUACCAUAUGAUAAAUCACCAGACCUCUAUGAAAAUCUGUGUUUUUACAGUCUCAUAGCUAUAUUUAAAACUAUAUAGGCAAAAAUAAAUAGCUUAUUAAUGGAUAUUUAUAUUUAAAUAAAUUUGAAUGGUUAAGUAGAGGAGUUUUCACUUGCGGACACUUUGUACAGGUUUAUAUUCAUUGUCAUUUUUCUGUUUCUCUUUUGUAUUUUCCCUUUGCACUGAACACAUAUAUUUAGCUAAUCCAGUUAUGAUUGUGGCUUUCUUUUGCAUUAAAAUGUUCUAAUAAAGACGAUCG